UCCAAGCUCGUUCGACGCCAUGCCUGCAGUAAUGCUACUACUCAUGGCGAUGAUCAUGCAGGCCUUAGCCGCCGCCGUGGACGGCGGCGCCAUGGCCGGCUUCGAGCACCUGCGAAUGUACAUGCACGACAGCUACACGGGCCCGAGCCCAAGCGCCGUGGUGGUGAUCAACGGCACGGGGCCCAUCAUCCCGGGCUCCGGCGGGGCCCGGUUCGGGAUGACGGUGGUCAUGGACGACCCGCUCACCGACGGCCCAAGCCCGGCUAGCUCCAGGCUCCAGCUGGGCCGCGCGCAGGGUUUCUACGUCACGGCCACCAAAGCAGACGGCCCGCCCGCGGUGCUCCUCUCCAUGAACCUGUUGCUCACCGACGGGAGCACGCUGGCCGUGACGGGCCGGAACGCCGUGCUGUCGCCGGUGAGGGAGCUGGCCGUGGUCGGCGGCACCGGGAAGUUCAGGAUGGCGUCCGGCUACGUGCUGCUCAAGACGGCCUCCUGGCACGGCAACGACGCCGUCCUGCAGCUCGACGUCUUCGUGCGUGCCGGUGCUGCUGCUUGAGCUUGACCGGCUAUGAAGGGAACGCAUAUGGAGCGAAACGUUCGCUCCCUACUCUACCUCAGUCUUGUUGCGCGACGGGCUAAAUUUGCCACUCUCGCGGAAAUAAAGUUGACCGAAGAACAUGGAGCGGUCGCAGCCACGUCUUCCUGUGGUCUGACAAACCGUAAGGACGAACGUUCGCUACUUAUAAAUUUCGUAGGUUUCCCCAUUUUCGGUUAAUCAAUAAAGAUCAUCACACAAUAGUGUUAGAAUAGAACACGUUUUAAUUAACGGAAUUUGACUGAAAUUCUUGGUGAUCAAUCGAACAAACAAAUGGCACGAUCGAGAUUAAUAAAUCAUCCCCCCUCACAGCACAUGCAUGAUGCAUUCCAA